AAACAUACAAAUAAACUAGCAAAACGCAACACUGAAAUAUACUUUUUCCAAUCUUUAAUUUGUUGCUUCUAUACGUGAAGUUGAUCAAUCAAUUGUGUAGCUAAUUAAGAAGGCCAGGAAAGGAGUAGCCCCUCGAUUUUAAAAAUGCCCAUUCAACAGAUAGCGAUUGGAAAUCCGGGUGAGGCAAGCCACCCGGAUGCGCUCAAGGCUGCCUUUGCCGAGUUCAUUUCCAUGCUCAUUUUUGUUUUUGCCGGUCAAGGCUCGGGCAUGGCUUUCAGCAAAUUGACAGACGGUGCAGGAGCAACUCCUUCGGGGUUAAUAGCAGCAGCAUUAGCCCACGCAUUGGCACUUUUCGUGGCAGUUUCAAUUAGCGCCAAUAUCUCCGGUGGCCACGUCAACCCCGCUGUCACAUUUGGAGCCUUUCUUGGUGGCAACAUCACUCUUCUCAGGAGUAUUGUUUAUUGGAUAGCUCAAUUGCUUGGAUCUAUUGUUGCUUGUAUCCUUCUCAAAUUUGCCACUGGUGGAAUGGAAACGUCUGCAUUUGCUUUGUCAACUGGGGUGUCAGUGUGGAAUGCGAUUGUGUUCGAGAUGGUGAUGACCUUCGGGCUGGUGUACACUGUCUAUGCAACUGCCGUGGAUCCAAAGAAGGGUGAUUUGGGCACUAUUGCACCCAUUGCUAUCGGUUUCAUUGUUGGGGCUAAUAUCUUGGUUGGUGGAGCGUUUGAUGGGGCAUCCAUGAACCCAGCUGUAUGUUUCGGUCCCGCAUUUGUGAGCUGGACGUGGACCCACCACUGGGUUUACUGGUUUGGUCCGUUUGGUGGUGCAGCCAUUGCAGCUCUCGUCUAUGACAACAUUUUCAUUGGCAACCAUCAUCAUCAUGAGCAGCUUCCUAUUGCUAACUAUUAGAAGUCACACAUGGUUCCUUUAUUCUUUUUUGUUAUGGUUCUCCAUUUUCCCCUCUUUUUUACAUAGGGAUUUGCAUUUUUUGUGUUUGAUGGUGAAUAAAAUGGGUGAUAAAGAAUA